AGCGCUGUGGGCAGGGUAGGGGGUGUGCCCGGCUCCACUCGCCAGGCUGCUGUUGUCUUUCGAGCCCAGGCCCCCCGGGCACCACCGGGCAUCCCCUGGGAGCGCGCAGCUAGCCCCCAGGAGGCGCGGACACCUGGGCCCCGGGCCCCCCGCCCCCGCGGUGUCGCCUUCCCCGGAGGCUCCGGUUCCCGGCUCCCCUUACCCGCUGUGCCGGGGGAGGGGAGGCGCAGGAAGCGGCGGAUGCGGCGGCCAGCGCAGGCCGAGCUGCCGGCCAUGGAGAGCGCCCCGGCCCGCGAGCCCCUGGGGGCCGAGCCCCCGCACCCUGCCGCGCCCCCUGCGGCCCCAGCCGCCGCCGCCGCGCCCUCCGCGCCUCCCGCGCCCCGAGCCCGCCCGCGCCUCGUCUUUCGCACGCAGCUGGCCCACGGCAGCCCCACAGGCAAGAUCGAGGGCUUCACCAACGUCCGCGAGCUCUACGCCAAGAUCGCCGAGGCUUUCGGGAUCCCCCCCACCGAGAUCCUGUUCUGCACGCUAAACAGCCACAAGGUGGACAUGCAGAAGCUGCUGGGCGGCCAGAUCGGCCUGGAGGACUUCAUCUUCGCGCACGUGCGCGGCGAGACCAAGGAGGUGGAGGUGACCAAGACAGAGGACGCGCUGGGGCUCACCAUCACCGACAAUGGUGCCGGCUACGCCUUCAUCAAGAGGAUCAAGGAGGGCAGCAUCAUCAACAGGAUAGAGGCGGUGUGUGUGGGUGACAGCAUCGAGGCCAUCAACGACCACUCCAUCGUGGGCUGCCGUCACUACGAGGUGGCCAAGAUGCUGCGCGAGCUGCCCAAGGCCCAGCCCUUCACCCUCCGCCUGGUGCAGCCCAAGAGGGCCUUCGACAUGAUUGGCCAGAGGAGCCGCGGCAGCAAGUGUCCAGUGGAGGCAAAAGUCAGCAGCGGGAGAGAGACUCUGCGACUCCGCGCUGGGGGCCCGGCCACACUGGAGGAAGUGCCAGGAGAAUUUGAGGAGGAGGCAUCGCAGAAGGUGGACGAUUUGCUGGAGAGCUACAUGGGCAUCCGGGACCCAGAGCUGGCAUCCACCAUGGUGGAGACGUCCAAGGCUACGGCGACUGUGCAGGAGUUUGCGCGCCGCUUGGACUCCGUCUUGGGCGAGUUCGGCUUCCCGGACGAGUUUGUGGUGGAGGUGUGGGCCGCCAUCGCCGAGGCCCGGGAGGCCUGUGGCUAGUGUGCCCCGGAGCCCCCCGAAGUUCCAGCCCAGAGCCUGUGCCCCCCAGGCCCUGUGUCCAGCCUGUGCCCGGCUCUGGAGACCAGGAGGGAAUGGAGCUAGGUUCUGGAGCCCAAGUCAGUUCCCAGAGCAAGCUCGGCCCCGAGGCCA